GUAGCGGGAUCUACAUUGCUUAUGCAUUAAGCUGUGUCAUGGAGAGAGUGCGUAUGGCUCAGCCCAUCUCUGGCAGCUCUCCAGGUACAGGUGUGUUUUAGUGUGGUCCAAAACUGACCAUACCUCCGUCUGAAGCGCUCACAGACCGGCCUGCCUCCCUGAAGCCAUGCAGGACUCCGAAACUCUGCUCAAACUUCUCUGCUGUGUAGGUAUCAUGCAGCAGAUGACCGUGGUGAUGGGUGACCCCACUCAAAGUGACCUCAACUGUCCUGAUCACAAAUCCCAUUGUGUCCAAGAGUCACAGGAAGAAGAUGUGGGAAAAGGAGCAAAUGUUGCCAUCUCUGGUUCUGCCUCUGUUGCCAUGGUGGAAAUGGAGGAAAAAAAUACAAAAGUGAAGACUGACACAGAAAAGAACAAUCGUCAAUGCCAACAUAUGAUGUCAUUUCCUUUGUCACCUGUUGAUUUAAGUGUACAAAGGGCAGUUUCAGAUUCGCAGACACUAGCAAGUGGAUCUUUGGAAAGAUUACCCAACCUAGAGAUGGUAACACUGAGGUGUCAAGCUAAUUCUACAUAUGAAACGGAACCUGAAUGGACUGAAUCAUCUGGUUUUGACCAAGAGAAGAUAAUUGGAGGUGGCAUAGACAAUAAAGAGGCCUUUAUUUCCUCUCUCACAGUCCAGCCCACCAAAACAAGUCAAUCUUUUGUUUUUCCAGAGACCACAGGGGCGCUUGACCCUGAACGCAAGCCUCAAACUCGGACCAUGAGGGUGAGAAAUAUUAAUUUAACGACAGGUGGUUACGUUCCACAAUCUGAAGAGUCUUUUAAGAUGCGCACUGAGGUCAAAUCAGAGGUCAAAGGUCAAACCAAGAAGGAGCCCUUGCCGACACCACAGUUAUCUGUCUCGACUCUGAAGAACAGUACAGCCGUUUCAAUGAACACAGCCACAAAUGUCCAUCCAACUGAUACCUUAGAUACAGCCAAUGACACGUCACGGACAAAAUCCGUUGAGGAUUCAAUCACAGCGCCAAGUAGUUCACCUCAAAACCUGUCUAGCGUAAUGGAAACCAGCACCCGCAGCACCUCAGUCAGAAAAGUAAAGUCAAAAGAGAAGAAUAAAGAAUUCAGAGCGACUAGUCGACCUACGACACCAAUGCAAACACAGCCCGUAGCAGUUACACAGCGAAUACCUUUUCAUCAACCUGGGAGUCCCAGGGUCGAAGCUAAUACUGCACUGAGAGAGAGAGAGCAAGAAAAGAUAAAAGACACAGAUGAGACUUCACAGAUUAGACGUGAACAAAAAGCACCUGUGAACGGAGAAUCAGAGACUAAUGAUUGUUAUUCAGGUGCUUUUGCUGCCUGUCCAGGACGUCCUACCACUGCGCCAAGUACACAGACCCACUCCAAUCAGAUGCACAGAAACAUACACAGAGAAGGACGUCUAAUACGCACACCGGGUUUCAGAGGGCCAAGGGGGUAUCCAGGCCCACCUGGUUUACCAGGCCCUCCAGGUGAAAAAGGAGACAAAGGCUACACAGGAGUGAUGGGCCGGACGGGCAGGACAGGGUACAGAGGACCGAUCGGACCCCCCGGCAUGCCUGCUAUCAUAGUCUGGCACACGUCAGAAGAUGAGUGGCAAGUGUUCAAGAACAAGAAAUUCUACAAGAAACUAGUGUCAUCGUGGCCGAGAGUGAAGGGAUUACCCGGACCUUUGGGACCACUUGGAGAACCUGGACCACCUGGCCCUCCUGGAGUUCCAGGCAAACAGGGGAGGAAAGGAGAGCGAGGGAAACUCGGAAGAACAGGACCUGUUGGAAUGCCAGGACCAACUGGGAGAUCAGGACCAGAGGGCACAGCUGGGAAGGAUGGGGAGAUGGGCUCACCUGGACCACCUGGGGAGGAUGGCCCGAAAGGUUAUGAGGGAGAGAAGGGCAGUAAAGGGGAGCUGGGUGAGUGGGGUGACCUUGGGGAACAAGGGCCUCAGGGAACCAAAGGAAGGAAAGGAGAGAAGGGAAAAAAGGGAGAGAAGGGCGUAGCCGGGGUUAUAGGAUAUAUUGGUCCACCUGGUCCCAGAGGACCACGGGGAUUCAUGGGCCCGACUGGUCCUCCUGGACAGAGAGGGGGGCUUGGGUUCACUGGAUCACCAGGAUCUCCAGGAAGUACGGGACUGAGAGGGUUGAAGGGAGUUCCGGGCGUCAACGGACCUCCUGGCCAACUUGGUGAAAUAGGGCCAAGGGGAGCACCUGGCAAGCAAGGAGAGGAAGGGCCUGAUGGUAUUAUUGGUAUCCCUGGUGUUCCUGGACCACAGGGAAAACCAGGGGGAGAUGGACCACCGGGUCAAAAAGGAGACCCUGGAGAUGCAGGAAUUGAGGGAAGCAUUGGAGGUCCAGGACCACCGGGUAUGAAAGGUGCCAGUGGAAAACCAGGAAAACUUGGACCCUCAGGUGAUCCAGGUCUGAAUGCCCAGCGUGGAGUGAAAGGAGAUUCCGGCCAGAAGGGAGAUCAAGGUCCUCCAGGGCUGCCAGGUAAACAGGGAUUCAGAGGCAGAGGAGGGCAGUCUGGUGUACAGGGAGAGACAGGCCCUAUCGGACCUGCUGGUUUACCAGGGCCCACGGGCUAUGAUGGACCUAUUGGAGAUCCUGGGAGACAAGGAAAAGAUGGACUUAAGGGAGAGAGAGGUCCUCCGGGUAUCCAAGGUGUCCGUGGCCCACGAGGUGACAAGGGUCGGAUUGGCCAAGGAGGAUUUUCUGGUUUUCCAGGACCUUUGGGGGAGAUGGGAAAAUCAGGAGAACUAGGACCUGAAGGAGAGCCUGGUAUUAAGGGUAGACCAGGGGUCCCUGGAGGAACUGGAUUUAAAGGUCAAAAGGGACUGCAGGGUGUUUCAGGGAGUAGAGGACAGGAUGGCACUCAUGGUACACCUGGAUCAAUUGGACCACAGGGGUCAGAUGGAGAUAGAGGACCUACAGGACCCUGGGGUUUACAGGGAAAGCCUGGUGGACCAGGAUUCCAAGGUCCUGUUGGAAAAACUGGGGAACCAGGGAGCCGAGGUCUCGCCGGCAAACCUGGAAAGCCUGGAAUCACGGGUGUCAAAGGCAGAAAGGGUUCAGCAGGGUUUCAUGGCAGUCCUGGGGAAAAGGGGAAAAAUGGCCCUGAGGGACCAAAAGGAAAACCUGGACAGCCAGGUCCUCGAGGCAUACCAGGAGAGAAGGGCUACAUAGGACCACCUGGCCCACGAGGAAACAUAGGCCAGUGGGGUGAGACAGGUCUGCAGGGGCCGAUAGGAAAUCAAGGGCCCCGGGGACCUCCUGGGCCAUAUGGAGUGGAUGGGUACCCAGGUAAAGAUGGACCACCUGGACCCAUCGGACCUCCAGGAGAUAAAGGCAAUAAGGGACUGAGAGGAGCCAGUGGACUGAAGGGAGUUGCUGGUAUCGAUGGUGAGGAGGGCCUAGUGGGUAAAACUGGACCAGUCGGACCAGCAGGAAGUAAAGGACUGCCUGGUGAGAAGGGUCAAAAAGGCUCUCUUGGUGAACAUGGCCUAAAAGGAAUCCCAGGCGAGAGUGGAAAUCGAGGACCACCUGGAGCGAAAGGACCAACAGGAAGAGAUGGGUUGAGAGGUCCUCCAGGGCAGAAGGGAGAUCCUGGAUCCCCUGGUGAAAAAGGUCAGUCAGGUGUAAGAGGUCAAUCCGGCUUGGUGGGAAAGUACGGUCCUGGGGGGAACAUGGGAGAAGCUGGUGAUAAAGGCGACAAAGGUCUACAUGGACUUGUUGGUGAGGCAGGAACAAAUGGGCCUCCAGGUCCAAAUGGUGCUGUUGGAUUACCGGGUUUGCCUGGAAAAGAAGGAUUUGUUGGACAAAGUGGAAAGCAUGGGCUGAAAGGAGAGCCUGGACUGAAAGGGAAUUCAGGGGGCCCUGGAAAGAUAGGACUAAUUGGUGUUCAAGGUCCAAGCGGGAAGAAAGGAGAACCUGGAACAAGAGGCAAAAUGGGUUCAGUGGGUCAGCCAGGAGCUGUGGGUCCUCAGGGUCUGAAGGGAAAACCAGGAUCUUUAGGACCUCCAGGGGGGAAAGGAGUCAAGGGUCAAUCAGGGCCAAAAGGAAUGAGGGGUUCUGCUGGAAGGAGAGGCAGUAAAGGUGUUGCAGGAAAGCCAGGACCUCAAGGACCAAAAGGGAAACAUGGCAGUCCUGGUCUCCCUGGAAAGCCAGGGAAAGGUGGAACAGAUGGACUGCUGGGAGUUAUAGGCACUGAGGGCGACCCAGGUGACAUUGGAUUCAGAGGACCUUCAGGGAGACCAGGUCCGCCAGGUGGUGCUGGCACCCCAGGAAAAACGGGUUUGCAAGGGAGUCAAGGACUAUCUGGACCAAAGGGCUCUAUAGGACCGAAAGGGAAACCAGGGCCCACUGGGCUGAUAGGGCCGAAGGGGAUUCCAGGACUUCAAGGUGAAAAGGGAGAUGUUGGACAGAAAGGACCUAAGGGCCAUAUUGGAAUUAGAGGAUUGCAAGGGCCCAUUGGACCACCAGGAGAAAAGGGAAAACAAGGUGCUCCAGGGUACAAGGGGCGGCCUGGGCCAAAAGGCAUAAGGGGAGAAGCUGGUGCUCGUGGGUCUCCUGGUGGCAAAGGAUUUCCUGGUUCAACUGGUCCACCUGGAAGGAAGGGUAUGAAAGGAGUUCAGGGAAUAUCAGGACAAAAAGGUGUGAAAGGUCAGAGAGGUCCACCUGGAAAACGUGGUAUUCACAGCCAACUGACACCAGGGCUUCAUACUUCACCUCGUGCUCAAAGAAGAGUCUCACAAAAUAAAGCAAGGUUAUUGUUACGAAAGUCUCGAUUUGAUGACCCUGAAGAUGGGAUUGAGGAAAAUAGCCACUUACAAGGCACCAAAGACAGCCCAGCCACCACCUGCAGAGAUCUGAGUCUCAUGCAGCCUCACCUUAGAGACGGGCACUACUACGUUGAUCCUAACCACGGAUGUCCAUUUGAUGCUCUCCGUGUGUUCUGUAAUUUCACUGCCGGUGGUCUAACUUGUGUGUCUCCUGUCCAGUCUAAAAUUUCAGGAAUAUGGCCAUCAGUGGACAGAUCUAAGAAGUGGUUUAGUGAGCUUCACAGAGGCUUCAAGUUUGAGUACAGAGAUCUUAGUGUUGUCCAACUGCGAUUCCUACGGUUACACAGUAACUCUGCCACACAAAGCAUCAGCCUGAAAUGUCCCAAAAAACACAGCCCCGCUGCUAAACACAAGGAUACCACCAAGAGGGUGCUACAUUUACGAGGAGACUCCAAUGAAGAAAUCCAUCCAUCCCAUGUCAUUAUAUCACAACAUGGUUGUGAGGUAACGGCACAGGUGAGGGUUCUGGGGAAUUCAGAGCUCCACAGAGGAGACGUGCAACUGCUUCCCAUAAGAGACGUUUUUUUAGAGGGUGGAGGAGAGAUCUGGGAAAAAGAUGCGAGCAUCGUCCUUGGACAUGUGUGCUUUUUAUAGUCUCUUUCCAAAGUAGAGUGCAUUUACAAAGCUCCUGGGAGGAAUGAAAUGUUUCCAGCUGACAGUACUUUUAGUAUUGUAUUAUAAUGUAAGGUAUUUUAUGAUCAGUGAUUUCCAGCAUAGCUGAAUAUGUUCUCUGGGUUUAUAUUAUUCAGAUUUCCUGUAGACUGAAAGUGGUGCAAUAAUUGUUUGCGUGUGUGAAGUGAGCAUGUAAGUUUAUUUAGACUUGUGUGUCAGUGGGUUGUGAGUAUUUAUGAUAACGAUUUAUUUAUGUAAGGUGUAAGAAUUUGUAUCGGAGGAAAAGUGUAAUUCACACAGUACCUUAGUGUUUUACUAACUGAUAUUAAAAAAUAAAAACCUUACAGGGCAUUCCUAAUUUAUAUACAGUAAAUUGCAAAAAUAGUAUGUUCUUUCUAGAAAUGUGUCAUGAAAUGCCCUUUAUUUUUGCAAUAUUCCUAAUGAUGCAAUAAACAAACCCUGAAUUACUAA